AUGCUGCACCUGGCCAUCUUCUUCAUGUUCCUGCUGAGCUCUGCUCUAGCUCUGCCUACUCGGGCCAGGCUGUGGAGCAGGGGUAACGGCUGCAUCAUUGGAGGAUCGUCUGCCAACAUAGCCAACUACCUGUGGCAACUGUCUUUCCAGUACGGCGGUUGGCACACCUGUGGAGCAUCCAUCAUCAAUGCCAACAGAGAGCUGACAGAUUCUCACUUGGUGGAUGGCCUCAGCGUCUUUCUGAUCAGUUUCCGAGCUGGCACUUCGACCCACGGAAGCGGUGGUUUCGUCAAAAGAGCCAUCUCUGGCUACAUGCACUCAUCGUACAACGACCACAUUGUAGACUACGAUGUUGCUGUUGUUCAGGUUUGUGUUAUUUGCCUGAAAUCGAUUUGUCAUAACUUCUCAACACUGCCUAGAUCACCUGGAUUACGACGUUGA